AAUUCUUUAGCUAUGAACAUAGACAAAGUAAUACAGUUCACGUAUUACUUUGCAAUCCUCAUCAUAUCAGUGACAUUAAACACUUUUGCUUGCUAUGUCGUUGUUUUCAAAGAAAAAAAUAAAGAUUUCUCUCAAAUGUUUAUUUUUAGCAUUUCAGUAUCUAGCUUAAUACAGGCAGUAUUUGAAUAUAUUCCUCAACUUUCUCAGUCGUUUUCAAAAUCUUUUGUUAAGAAUAAAGCAGUUUGCCAUGCGAGUGGUUUUUUGUUAUGUUGGUUUGUCGUUAACAAUAUAUCACAUAUGACUGUUAUAUCUUUAAUCAGAGCAGUUGCGAUAAAAUUUCCUAUCUUUUAUUUCAACUACUUAAAAUGUAAUACUUUUCGAAUUGUGUUGCUUUGUUACUGUUAUUUAUUUGGAUUUAUUUGGAUGGUGUUACCAUUAAUUGGAUGGUCAAAAUAUGAACUCGAUCUUGAUGAAAAACGGUGUUCUUUAGAUUGGAAAUUGACAAAAUCAGACUCACUAUCUUAUAUAGUAUCGGUUCUUAUAUUUUGUUAUUUUGUCCCAGGAGCAUUUAUAUCGUUUGCAUUACAACUUGGAUCAAGAGCUACAGUAAAACGAAAAAGUUUUGAACAUCAUCGUAGGCAAAGUCAAUCAAGUUUGUUAGACAGCAAUCUAUUUAAAAUAUGUUUGGUAUCGGGAAUUAUAUUUUUUUUUUUAUGGACACCUUAUGCCGUAUUCGGUUCAUUAGCUUUGCUAAAAGUGAAACUUCCAAAAGUUUUGGUUACCAUAGCUGCAAAAGUUGGGGAACUUUCAACGUUGUCUAAUGUUGUUGUAAACUGUUGCAUAAACAAAUCUUUUAAAAAUCACAUGUGCAAGAUUCCUUUGUUUCAUUGGUGUUUAACUUUUCGACCAAUAAGAUCGAAAGUUAAUUUUGUUACUGAGUUGCGAAACUGCAAAGAACAAAAAAUAACAUAGUUUUUUUUUUUUAAUUAUAUUCAAUAUAAAUUAAACUGCUACUUGUUUAGUAGCGUUUUAGUAGUUGUUAGUAGUUGUUGAUUUUAUUAUUGUUAUUACUAUUAUUUUUACUAUUAUUAUUGUUUCUUUUAUAUUCAAAAUUUAAGAAACAAAUGACUCGUAGGUUCGUAUUUUCCAUUAAAAACCGCCAUUAACAUAUUUAUACUCGUGUACAUCAGGGGUUAUCAAACUUUAAGAAAGUUCUAAACUGCUUUUGCCAAAUUGUAAUUUUGCAUAAUAAAUAUAUUUACGUU